AAUUAAGAGCAACCAACGCAUAAUGUUGAUACUGUAUAAACCAAAUCGUAAUUUAAAACUGUACAAAGUCUUAUAACAUAUUAUAUUAAUCAUAAAAAUAUCUCCCUUAACAUAAUGUUCUAAAAGUGUCUACUUUUAUUUGCGUGACGAUAUUUAGGACGAUGGAAUCAGCGUUGCAAGCCACAGACGCCGUUUCUGUGAAGGCUGAGCCCCCUGACGAUGUGUGUGUACAAGACAAGCCCUCAUGCGAGGAAGUUUCUAUAAAAAUCGAACCGUGUGUAAAGGACGAGCCUAUGUGCGAGAGAGUGUCUUUUGAAAUCAAGUUGCAAGAUGUGUGUGUGAAACAGGAGCCGUCAAAGACAGACGGGGCGGCGGCGGGAGUGUACGCCGGUCAACUCGAUAAUAACGAGCUGGUACUUGAGCCUGUGCGCGGUCCCGAGCCAGCGGUGAAGCGGCGCGUUGCUGCCCAAGGGCGUUUGCCAAAGGACAAAUCAAGUGCAAAUACGAAAAUCUUCAAAUGUGCUUACUGUACAUACGAAACUGUCAAUCUACUCUGGUUAAUAAGACAUACGAAGAAACACUGCGACAAGAAAUCUAGCAACAAAAGUCGAGGAGUUCAGAAAAAGCAUCAAGCUGUUGAGACAUUCAAAUGCGGACGAAUUUAUGCUGGUACAAGCAAAAGUACUUUACUACAUGAUGUCAAACUUUACAAAUGUAAUCAAUGUAGUUUUGCCUGUACCGAACAAGAUGAUUUACUUUUACAUAAAAUAGUACAUACUGUCAAACCCGGCAAUCCUCAAAGGAACUUGCAAGUGCUUGAAAGAAAUGAUACUAAGGAAAAGACAUACAAAUGCAGCUAUUGCAGUGCUUCUUUCUUACAAGAAGUUACUUGGCAAGUACACGAACGGAGACACACUGGCGAAAAACCCUUCAAGUGUGAUCAAUGCAGCUAUGCCGGUACACAAAUAAACCAUCUACUAAGCCACAAAGCUAUGCAUACCAAUGUGAUUUCUUACAAAUGUAGCCAAUGUGACUUUGCUUGUGCAAAGAAAGAUGAUCUACUAAAUCAUAAAGUAAUACAUAUGAAUGACCAACCUUUUAAGUGUAGAGAUUGUAGUUAUGCUACCGACAGAAAAUGUCAUUUGCGAGUCCAUCGAGCGACCCACACUGGUGCAGAGAUUUACAAAUGUAGCACAUGCAAUUAUGUUACUAUAAGGCAAAAGGAUCUAGCGAACCAUGAAGCGAGGCAUGCUGUCAAACGUUACAAAUGUGAUAAAUGUAGUUUUGCUUGUAAUCGUCAGUUUCAAUUGAAACAUCAUGAACGGAUACAUGAUGAGAAGCUUAACAAGCGUAUACAGGAGACUCGGGCUCACAACUUAAGAAACUAUCUAUCAAUACAGAAAGAUUCGGCAGAGGAUCAGCCGGUGCCACAACAAGUACUAGUACCAGUUCAAGACAAAAUAAUUGAUUAAUACCAAUUUUUUUAAUAAAGUCAAAGUUUGA